UUAUCGUCACACGAAAAAGUAAUAUUUCAAUUUAAUUUUCAAAAACUAAAAUCGUAGUAGCAAGUUACGGUUUUCUUAAAACAAAGGCAAGCAGUAGCGGCAUACAGACAAAUUAUAUCCAAUUCAACUGACAGCUGUGAAAGCAAAAAGGGAAGUUCCCAAAAAUGGAUGCCCUACAUUUAAGUAAUUCACUAUCAUCCGUACAGGUUAUACCAAUUUUCAAUUACUUGAGCAUAAUUAGCGAUUUUCUAUUCCUCGAGAAUUAUCUACCAGAAGUAGAUCAGUACAAACCAAUUCCAGUCGUUAACGAACUCUAUCGUUAUUUCGAGGAGAAUCGUGCUAAUCAAAACAAGACAUUACUAUUAAUUCGAAAUAUGCUAAAUGGUACUGAUUUAUAUGGUGAGCAAGAAAAUGAAACACCUGACGAAACAUUCAUUACAAUAAUGUUUGACUACAUCAUCAGUUCACUUGUGUUUGCCAAAUACGGGAAUAUUUACGGUUUUCUAGCUUACAGUGUUCGUCAGGUAGAUAAUUUAAAAAUUGAUUCUGUCCUAGAGAGAAUAGAAGAAAAUCUUAAGAUUGAAAUAUACGAAAAUGAAUAUGGCGACAGUUCGAUGCUCACUCCGUUAUCGGUUUCUCGAAUAUUUAGGGAAAUAAUUUUACCUCUAUUGCCUCAACCGCUAUUUAAUAUGAAUGUACUGUCGUUUGAUUAUUUUUACGCACUAGCUGGAUCAACAUAUCUUCGACUUGGUAAAUUAAAUGAAACCUACUAUUCAAAUUUUAAUCAGUUUAAUUCACAGAAAACAAUUUAUCGAAUCUCUUUUAGCGACUACGUGUUAAUAGGAUUCAUAAUAGAAAGUUUUUACUCAGAAAAUGUUGAUCAUGUUGCUUUAAAAGCAUUUGCUCUUCCAGCAUUGUUCUACUAUGUUUCCAUUGCAAGCGAACUUUAUGACGAAGCAAUAACAAACGUGAUAUUUAAUCCUCAACAUUGGAAGAAGGCGUACAGUGUUUUUUUCGAUUAUCUCAAAAGUACUUCCAACGAAAUUAAAACUCAAUUACAAAAUGAUUACACCUACAAGAUUCAUCGAGCCUUUUCGAAUUUUUUAAGUCGGGCAAAAUAUGCGAAAUUAGUUUUGGAUUAUCAAUGCAGACAUUCAAACGAUUAUCAACGAGAGUCAAAAAUCGAUAUUUAUAUCGAUAAUGCCGAUCAUUAUAAAUGUAGAGGUGGUGAUUUUCUGCCAAACAUAAACGAUUGGUUCAUGGAUCAAAUUGAUGCCUUUGGUGAACUAUACAAAAAAUACGAUUACGGAAUGAUGCAGGAAAUAUUUAACGAAUCAUCAAUAGAUCUUAGGGACAUUGCAGUAAAUUUGAUAGUAACUAAUGACAAAGUGGAAAAUGAGGAUUUUAGCACAUCGCAACAUUUAUCGUACGAUUUACUUGAAUUUCAUAACAUGAUUGCCAAUACUAUCGAGUAUUAUGCUAUUGUGCGGGAAAAUUACACCGUAAAGCUAGUUAAAGAAUCCGAUGAUCAGGAAUAUUUCCAACAAUUAAUCGGUCCUUCCAAAAAUAGUUUUAUACACUCAUCGGAACGUAUUCUCCUAAAAGAUACCUACGAAAGUCCGGAAACAUUAUGCCAAGUAAUAACAAAUUACAAAAAACAACGUUUUCUAUCCUACUUGAAUUAUUCUGACAAUAGUCCUGAAAAAAGUAAAUGGUGGAGAGAAUUCGGUUUCUCCUUUGUGCCCCUCUAUCCAUGUGUUUCGGACAUCAAUCACUAUGGCGAAUUGUCAACAAAAUUAUGCGAAAAGGAAAAUAUCAAAUUUCUGAAUAAAUAUCCCGAAGUAAUGUCAACAGAUCUCAUAAGCAAUUCUACACAAAUUAUGCUAUCUUCAUUUGGUACAAGUAUUAAAUCUGUAUUUUUAAAGGAAUACCUACACAACAGUGUUAUAUCACAAAAAGCAUUAAAAUAUAAACCAGGUUUAAAAUUUCAAGAACCAACCGAUGAAUUUUAUGAAAACUUAUCAUUGCAACUAGAAGAACCAAAGUACGAGAUUUUGUGGUUUACCGAAGAUAAAAUAAGAUUUAUGAUAGAAAUUUUGAAUUACUCGAGUGUGGAAAUUAAGAAAACUUUUAAGUACGCCAAGAAUGCUCUCUAUAAAUUAUUACUAAUAAAAGGCACGUUUAUUAUCAAUUUAAAUAAUCGUGAUUCUAAUUAUAAAUUAAAUGAAUCCGUGUUUAUCAAAAGCUGGAAUGGUGUCACCGGUUAUGGAUACAAAUUUACACUUGCAGAUGAUUUCGACAAUCAGACUUCAUUAGCGUCGUUAAUAACUGGUUACGAAUUCAAUAAGACAACCAUUUAUGAUUUAAUUCUUCAUAAAUCGUUAUUUAUUAAAAUUAACCUUAAAUUCAAAAAUAGGAGGAUUAAAUGUAGCGCUACUGAAAUAAUAUGUAAAAACACUGAGCAAUCAUCAAAUUCGAUUCAAAUUUCAUUUAAAGAUAUCUUGAGUUACUACCACAAUGACGAUAAAUGUAUCACUGUUGAGUAUUUGCAAAAAUCGAUAAAUUCUAGUGUUUGCUUAAGACACAAAAAUUACAUUCAAAAGUUGCACGAUGAAGAUACAAUAUUAAAAGAUGUAUUAAAAAAUACAAAUAAAGAUCCUUUACUUGAAGAUGAAGUACGUUCAAGAUUGCAAUGGUACACAUUUCCAAAUAAAACGGCAUCAGUAUAUUUUCUCACCAAUUGGAUAAAAGAUAGACAGUUUGCAAAUUCAGUAUGGAGUCAAGACAAUAUUAUUGAUACAUCGGGUGUUUUGUAUGUUCUACUUUAUAAUAUAACUUUGGAUAACAGAUUUAUGACGAAAUCGGUAGCGAAAUCCAAAAUCCAUUCCCGUUACACUUAUAGAGAACGAUCCAAAAUUGAAGAAGAAAAGUCAGUAGAAAGUUUACUUAGAGAAUAUGAAGUUCGAAGAGGUUACUACUCUGCUUCAUUUGAAGAUUACUAUGCUAUUAGAAAUUUCAUCACAACCGGAUACGAGAGAAUAAUGAGCGAUACCCAUGAGGCAAAAUUAAUGAAACUUGCUUUAUACAGAUUAGCACUAAGACAAUCAAUUGAUUUUGAUGAAAAGUACGAUUUGAAAUUGUACAUUUUUCAAUCAGUAAGUGAAGAUAUUUUUCGGAAGAAAUUCAUGAAGGGCAAUUCUGAGAUCGCGGAUUUGCGUAAAAAUUUUACAUUGCAAAAGUUUUUACUUACAGUAGAAAGUGAAGAAAUUGCACUGAGAUUUACUAAAAGCCCAUCAGUUGGAUUUAGAAACGUUUUGUAUGAGAUAAAUUUUUCCAGUUUCUAUUUGAGAGGAGUAGUCAAUGUUGAUGUUAAAAUGAACUUCAGAGAGAAGAGAAUUAUUAUUUUACCUGGUAAUAAAUUUCAUCUUGAGAAUAUUUUGCCAGUACCGACUGUAAAAAUAGGUACAUAUUUUAAAGUUGUGUUAACUUCUACAUCCGAAGGUAUUAGUAAGUAUAAACAGUUUAAAAAUGUUUUGAGAGAAAUGUCAGAAAUCGUCCCUUUGACAUUGUGAAUAAUCGUUAAAUUAAAAUUAAAACUCUGAAGCGGGAUUUUGUCACGCACAACAUUUUAUUAUUUUAUUCUGUAAAUUGUAAAUUUUCGGGAAUUAUUCAAUAAAGCUGGAAUCCUGUUUAGAUUUCUAAAAUUGUCAAAUAUUGAAAUCUUGAGUUAAUUAUUAAAUAAUAAUAAACGUAAAUAAAUUGUAAUUUAUGUAAAGUAAAUUAUUUAAUUGUCUUCUUAAAACUA